UAUGAAGUUCAGGUGUGAGAAAGAAACAAAGACAGAAAAUGCUGGAGUAACUCAGCAGAUCAGGCAGCAUAUCAGGAGGACAUGGGUAUGUAUAAUUUCUGGUCAGAACACUUCUUUAGAAACUUUUAGUUUGGAUUCCAGUACAGGCACCCAGCAGCAGGGCUGAUCGAUUUCCAUAAGGUUCUGAUUCUGCCACUGAAGCAAGAGAAAUGGUUAAAAGUUCAAAUCCUCUCCUGAUCCAUAUAUUCUUAUCUCCUGAAAUCUGAACUGUCCUGGAACGACUAUAAAACCCAAUACUGCAAAACCCAAAUAUACAGCACUGUAUAACUAGAUUAGAUUGGUUUAUUAAUAUCAAAAGAUGCUACAUGAACCACUGGGUUACUCCUGCACUUUGGUGGAUAGCUUAACAAGAUCUUUUCUCUUUCAGCAAAGCAGUUGCAUCUUCAAUGUCCACCCGAAUCAUUAACUUUUCUUAUUAAUAUGUUGGUCCAUUUGUGAAAAACAAACGGUUUCCCUGGUUGUAAAAUGUUACAGUGGAUGGAAAGUGGGCAUUUCAAGCGUGAGUUUCAUGGAGGAUUCCGCAAUUUAAAAUAAAAUAUUAUUUUAGUCAUUUAGUUCAUUCAUUUUGUGUGACCUAUCUAUCUCUUUGGAUUAAUGGAAAUUAGACAUGACGGCGUUGACAGGAGAAUGUUGGAUGACCGAAGGGAGGCCGGCCAGUCUGCAGAUAACUAACUUACCACAGAAAGUAUCCAUUCAGAUUUAACGAGUUUAUCUUCAAUUCUUCCAACCUCUUACAGGAACAGCAGACGUCCAAGAGUCAGAGAGGUGUCUCCAGUGAAAUGUUCGCAUUCAAUAGAUGAGACGAUAGACAGACAGUUAGCCUGGGCAGAAACUCCACUCGGCAAUCCAACCCUUUGUUUUAUUUCUCACUCAGCCGUUUGUCAAAAUACCACAGAAACAAAGAAGAUGCUGGCGUCUGUCUGUCUCUCCACUGGGAAUUAACGCGAGUGGAGUUGGAUCCGUAUCGGGGCUGUUAGAGAUGCUUGCUAAUUAACGCUUAAUGUUGUACAGAGACACCUUGCCGUUCAGGCAGGGAGCGUAGACUGAAGACCAAUUCGCUGAUGAGUCCAUGCAGACUCCUGCCUUAACUGUAAUCACCACGAUCAAUAGAAAUUAAGUAUCUGAAAUACUUUGCCGGACCACUGACGGAGACGGAGGCAAACUAUAAAUAAAGCAAUAAGCACGGAAUAGUUUAGAGUUACAGUUCUCAUUGCACUCUGCAGGGAUGACGCGUUGUAACCGGGGACAUCUCCUCUCGCUGCUAUGUGCCCUACACGCAGUGCUCAUCAAUAGCUUUGAUAUAGGAAUAUCGACCAAGUGCGUGGCCGUGCCGAAGGAGAUGGGACUAUGCCAGGAUGUCGGCUACUCAGAAAUGAGGCUUCCCAAUUUAUUGGGCCACACCACCCUCGGAGAAGUAAUUCCCAAAUCGGCCAAGUGGGAGUCGCUGGUUCGGACCGGCUGCCACUCGCAGGUGGGAACUUUCCUCUGUUCCCUCUUCGCUCCAGUUUGCUUGGAUACUUUCAUCCAGCCGUGCCGGAGUUUGUGUGUAACUGUUUGGGAUAGUUGCAAUCAGGUGCUGACUUGCCUCGGUCUGUCUUGGCCAGAUGCCCUUUCCUGCGACCGAUUCCCAGCGGAUGAAGACACUUGCCUGACAUCGACCAGCUUGGAGUCCACACACUACCGAAAGCUUUUUCCAAAGCCGACCUGCCAGGGCUGCCCAAGUACAGAGGAACCCGGUGCUAUCAGGAGAGUUUUGCAGACAUUUUGUCAAAACAAUUUUGCUGUGAAAGUUACCCUGGCCAAAAGGAGGAAUGGUUCGGAAAAUGCCGAGUAUAACGUGGCAGGGCGGGUGGAGAUGAUCAGCCCCGGCUCGUUGUUUCCCUUUGGUACCCGGACUGUUAUUCAGCGGUGGCUUCUCGUCAACGCAAACUGUGUGCAGAAGAUGAUGACCCGCAACAACCGAGCUGGCCAGUACGUUCUCAUUGGCGACGUUCAGGACUCGUAUAUAAUAGUAAAUAAAAUCUACUUGUGGCACAGAAAAGACACUCAACUGACGCUUGCCGCUCGGAAAUGGAAACAUCAUAAAUGCUAACUUGAUGCCAUUGUAACAUAGUACUUGCGAAUACACGAAUGCACUCCUUUAAUAUACACCAGCUAUUGUAAAUAUAAAGUCGUAUAAAAUAAUGUGCACAUUGUGAACGUGUGGAUUAACAGUAGACCCCAGUAGCUGGAAAGUAUGCCAUGAUUAUAAGUGUAGAUGUAUGCUGUUGUACAUAAAUAUCAAUUAAACCACAAUAGUGUGAAGUUCUCUUUGAUUUCAGCGGCAUCUCCAGCAACUAAAGAUAAUGGGGCCGGAAUUGUCAUUCAAAUUUACGAAAGUAAAUAGUGCUAUGUAAUCUAUGUGAAACCAGUACAAAAGACGAGGAUAAAUGCUACAAAACCUGGACUUCCCGAUGUUAGGGAAGUCCAGGACAAGGGGUCACAGCUUAA